AUGAGAUUGCUACUGGUGAUUUUUGGUGUAUCCUUGGUUUUAGCUGAAGAGUAUUCGCCUAUAACCCGGAACUACCAUGAAGAGAUCGGCAUACCCGAGGCAAGGCGGAUCAAACUCGCUGAGAAGUCCAUGGACUUUGAUGGAGCAAGGAUUACAGGUGGUCAGAACUCCUUGUUAGGAAAUCAGCCACACGUGGGUGGCCUCCUUAUCGACUUGACGGUCAACAUGCAGUCAGUGUGCGGGUCCUCCCUUAUCUCGAGAACGCGGCUGGUGACAGCCGCUCACUGCUGGCGACACGGCAACUUCCACGGCAGACAACUUACUGUGGUACUAGGCUCCGUGCGCCUCUUCUCAGGCGGUAUCAGACAAGUGACGGAGAGAGUGACAAUGCAUCCUAACUACAGGGAACAGCAUCUUCAUAACGACUUGGCUGUUAUUGCCAUUAACCAGAUUGCUUUAAACAAUGCCGUGACUCCUAUCAGAAUUCCCAGUGGGAACAACAACUACGCUGGAGCAUGGGCCACUGCGGCUGGAUUUGGCAGAACCGAGGAAGGCGGCAUGAUUUCCCUGACGCAAGUGCUGAGCCAUGUGAAUUUGCAAGUGAUUACCAAUCAAGCGUGCGCACGAGUGUUUGGAAAUGAUGCUAUAAUCGCAUCCACUCUCUGCACGGCCACGGCCAAUGGGCAAAGCACGUGCGGCGGCGACUCUGGGGGUCCCCUCGCUAUCGGCACGGGCGCUAACCGCGACCUGAUCGGUGUCAUAUCGUUCAACCACGUGGAGGGAUGCACGCGCGGCCACCCGGCCGGCUUCGCACGGAUCACUUCAUUUGCCGCAUGGAUCCGUUCACAUUUAUAAUUGUUUUAUAUAUACCUAUCGUAUAGUAAAA